UUUGAUAUGACAAAGCCAUUUUGAUAACAAAAUCCGUAUCACCUAGACCUUAGAUACAGAUUUGAGGCGAGCUAUUUUAUCAUUUGUUAAACCGCGCUUGAUUCAUGGUCAUGUAUUUUCUGUUUUACUCCAUUUAUAACCAAGAUGCAUACUAUCACGCGUUUAAGACGAUGACAAAGGCUUGACUAACAACUGUACAAUAUUAGUGUUCCGGGAAGUUUUAAUGCAUACUGCUGGAUUUUAGUAUUGAACACAGUUGCCAUGAACAAAGUAUUCAUUGUGCUUGGAGUCCUAGCGCUUUCCAUUCUUAUAUUUAUAGGACGAAUAUCGGAGUAUAUAGUGUCGGAAUAUGUAACAUGUACGCAUAACUACAACAACUGCCUUAAGUGUGGAUCUAGAAAUCGGACAGUCGUUGGUAAAAUACCGAAACGAAUUCAUCAAAUAUUCUUUUACGAAACUAGCGAUACUUUGCCAGACCGGCUUCGAAAUGCCCAGGCCUCCUGGCUACAACACCACCAAGACUAUACUUACACACUGUGGAAUAAAACGUCGAUUAAUCGGUUAAUCGAUGUGCACUAUCCCCACUUCCGGCGGACGUAUGAUGCGUACGGGCACUGGGUGAUGCGCGCGGACGCUGCACGUUAUCUCGUGCUCCAUAAAUAUGGCGGUUGGUACGUCGACAUGGACCUCGUUUCUAAGAAGAGCGUAUCUUCGUUGGAAACCCUAGCUCUGAGGCAAAAUUCCAGCGUGAUAGUCCGUUUCACCGAACCAUGGGGUUUCUCGAAUGAUUUCAUCGGCAUCACACCACAACACCCAUUCCUAGACAACGUGCUUACGGCCCUUCCUGUCUCGAAGGGCUGGUAUAUAUUUCCGUACGCCUCAACCAUGUUCUCCACAGGUCCAAUGUUUAUGUGGGGGAGAUACCUUAACUACCCACACCAGGAAGAGUUUCUCGCGGUGAAAAACGAGACUUUCCGAGAUUACAUCGUGCUUCUCCACGAGUCCUCGUGGCACUCGUGGGACGGAGUAGUGGUCUGGUACUUCUUCAAGGAUGUGCGGACACUUUUGUAUAUUGUGUGCGCUCUUGUAGUUAUUAGCAUAUCGUUGUGCAUAUUGUAUAGGUACCUCAAAGUAAUUAGAAAAACUAAUUCCCCUAAAAAAAUUAUAUCCCCUUUAUAAAUUGUGUCAUAUUCAAAAGAAAAUAUCGAAAUAAAUAUGCAAAUAGCGGAAAGAAAUCAAAAUUUUAGACUGAACAGGAAGUAUCUUAAAUGAUCUAUCAUGGUAAUUUGGUCGUUUUUGUUAUGACUCGUAUUACAGGGAAGAAAAUAUAUUUUUCAUAAGUUUGGCAGGAAGGGUAAAGUGGAGGUCCUUAUACACGCCAAUUCUUAUAAUAUCACACAUUUCAUGAUUGCAUAUUCAAUAUGCUCCUCAAAGGGAGAUCAUUAGUCGCCCUACUUGUUGGAGAAUAGCCCAGAACUUACUUAUGGGAGUUCACUACAACUUGUUGUUUUUCCGAGUUUGUACCCUGUAAACAAGUACAUGUACACUGUUAUUUUUUCAACUUUUAUUUUUUUAUUUUUUUUUAUUUAAAUGACAUAGUUUAGGAAUAUAUUUGCUCAUAGUAUUAAACUUUGCUAUAUAGCUUCAGGUGGUUGAAAAUAUGUCUCAUUAUAUGCAGCUACUCUGUGAUAGGAGUGAAUAUCUUUCAUACAUAUACAUUAUCAGAGUAAGAAUAUAUUAUAUUUGCCAUAAAUAUGAUAAUAAUUGUACCGUAAACCCAGCGUAAAUACAA